AUGGCGAUAUUAUCUCCUUCUUAUCUCCCAUUCAAAGCCAAGAAACUCAAUCUUUACAGAAUCACAGUAACCAUAAUCCUAUGUCCAAUCUUUUAUUUGGUAGGUUUUUAUCAAAGCUCUCGUGGCACUAUCCCUAUUAACACAACAACAUCAUCCUCCAACUCCGUUUUUCUAUGUGCCCCACCAAAUCACAACACCACAACGCUUGACUUUGCCGCACACCACUUUGCUCCGGACCCGCCACCUCAGGUGGAGCGUGCGUAUCACUUCCCUCCAUGUGAUCCUAAAUACAGUGAGAACACCCCAUGUGAGGAUCUUGAACGUUCGCUGAAAUUUGAUAGGAAUAGAUUUAUAUACAGAGAGAGGCACUGCCCCGAAAGCCAUGAGAUUUUGAAGUGUCGUGUGCCGGCUCCGUAUGGUUAUAAGGUGCCGUUUAGGUGGCCGGAGAGUAGAGAAUUGGCAUGGUAUGCUAAUGUGCCCCAUAAGGAGUUGACGGUUGAGAAGAAGAACCAGAAUUGGGUCCGUGUUGAAGGUGAGCGGCUCAGGUUCCCGGGUGGUGGAACCAUGUUUCCUCGCGGUGCUGACGCCUAUAUUGAUGAUAUAGGGAAGUUGAUCAAUCUCAAAGAUGGGUCAAUAAGGACUGCCAUUGAUACUGGUUGCGGGGUUGCAAGCUGGGGAGCUUUCCUUCUCUCAAGGAACAUUCUAACAGUAUCGUUUGCACCAAGAGACACUCAUGUGUCUCAGGUGCAAUUUGCUCUUGAACGUGGAGUCCCUGCAUUGAUUGGAAUUAUUGCUUCCAUUAGGCUACCUUACCCUUCAAGAUCUUUUGACAUGGCUCAUUGCUCACGCUGCCUCAUUCCUUGGGGUCAAUAUGAUGGACAAUACAUGAUUGAGGUUGAUAGAAUUCUACGUCCCGGCGGAUACUGGAUUCUAUCCGGGCCACCAAUUAAUUGGGAAAAUCAUUGGAAAGGCUGGAAUAGAACACGUGAAGAUCUUGGAGCAGAGCAAUCUCAGAUUGAGAAAGUAGCCAAAAGCCUAUGCUGGAAAAAAUUGGUGCAAAGAAAGGAGAUUGCUAUUUGGCAAAAACCCACUAAUCAUAUUCAUUGCAAAAUGAAUAGGAAGGUGUUCAAGCGUCCACUCUUUUGCAAGUCACAAAAUCCUGACAUGGCGUGGUACACCAAAAUGGAGACUUGUUUGACACCGCUGCCUGAAGUGUCAAACAUUAGAGAUAUAGCUGGUGGGCAGUUAGCAAAAUGGCCAGAGAGAUUGAAUGCAAUCCCUCCAAGGAUUAGAAGGGGAAGUUUGGAGGGGAUUACAGCAGAAAAUUUCGUUGAAGAUUCGGAGCUAUGGAAAAAAAGAGUAGCAUAUUACAAGAAGAUUGACUAUCAGCUAGCACAAACUGGACGGUACCGUAACUUGCUCGACAUGGAUGCACAUUUAGGAGGCUUUGCAGCUGCACUUGUUGAUGACCCAGUGUGGGUUAUGAACGUUGUCCCUGUCCAGGCGAAGAUCAAUACUUUGGGCGUCGUUUUCGAACGUGGCCUAAUCGGAACAUAUCAAAAUUGGUGCGAAGCCAUGUCUACUUACCCAAGGACUUAUGACUUGAUUCAUGCUGAUUCUGUUUUCAGCCUCUAUAAGGAUAGAUGUGAUAUGGAAGAUAUUCUGUUAGAAAUGGAUAGGAUUUUGAGGCCAGAAGGUAGUGUUAUUAUCAGAGAUGACGUCGAUAUCUUGCUGAAGGUCAAGAGCAUCAUAGAUGUCAUGCAAUGGGAUGGCAGAAUUGCGGACCAUGAAAGCAGUCCUCACAGGAGGGAGAAAAUUCUUUUUGCAACCAAGCUGUAUUGGACAGCACCAAAACCAGACCAGAAGAAUCAAGGACGACAAGUUGUUUCUUAG